GGCUCUGCCAAUCGCCGGCAGAGGAACGCUCGGGGCGGUCCUCUUUAACUCUGGGGUGACUCCGAAGAGGGUCCACCGAGAAGGAAGACGUGCUCGGGCCGCUCUCAGGGACGCGCCGCUUUCCUCCCGUUUGCCCCAACCAUCGGCGGGACUGUUCUGUUCUUCCUGGUCUUGUCUGACAAAUUUCUGAAACUCAAAGAAGCCAAAAACAAUUGGCAAGUUGACACCACCAGACUCCUGGUACUUGCUAUCGGUACUGUCAAAAUCAUUCACAGAAAAAAAAAUCUUAGAUGUGUUUAACAAAAAUAAGAAUUAAAUCAUUUAUUUCAUCCCAAAAAUAAUUAUGCUUCAUUGAGAAUUAGAACAGCGACUAAUACUGUUACCAUGGAUGUGUUGGUGAACAGGUAUCGAAACUUCAUGAAGGGAGCAGACCCCCGGAUUGCUUCUUAUCCACUUAUGGAUUCUCCUUGGCCUAUGACGGGUAUCUUACUGGGUUAUGCCUAUUUUGUAUUAUCACUGGGGCCACGGCUCAUGGCCAACAGGAAACCUCUGAACCUUAAGAAGUUCAUGAUACUUUAUAAUUCUUUUUUGAUGGCACUAUCAGUUUACAUUGUUUAUGAGUUUUUAAUGUCAGGCUGGCUAAAUGGUUAUACAUGGAGAUGUGACCCUGUUGAUACAUCCCAGGAUCCUAAGGCUCUUCGGAUGGUCCGUGUGGCAUGGAUCUUCAUUUUCUCCAAAAUCAUCGAGCUGAUGGAUACAGUAAUCUUUAUCCUAAGAAAAAAGAAUGAACAAGUGACCUUUCUGCAUGUUUUCCACCAUUCAGUGCUACCCUGGAGCUGGUGGUGGGGUGUGAAAUUUGGUCCAGGAGGAAUGGGCUCCUUUCAUGCUUUGGUGAACUGUAUGGUACAUGUUGUGAUGUACUUCUAUUAUGCACUCUCAGCUGCAGGACCUGCUUUCCAAAAGUACCUCUGGUGGAAGAAGCAUAUCACUGCCAUUCAACUGCUGCAGUUUGUGCUUGUCUCCAUCCACAUCUCCCAGUACUACUUCAUGCCUGACUGCAAAUAUCAGUUCCCAAUCUUCAUCCACCUCAUCUGGAUUUAUGGAGUUAUCUUCUUCAUUCUCUUCUCCAACUUCUGGUACCAGUCAUAUACCAAAGGCAAGCGUCUGCCCAAGUUCAUGACACAACCUCAGCAAAAUGGCUUCCAUGAGAAUGGUGCCAUUGCUAAUGGCAAAGUCAAAGCCAACUAGGUUCAACUAGCCCCAUAUCUGGGCUUCUUAACCAGAUCAAGUGCCUACAGACUGUUAUCUUGCAGUUCCAAACCACCUUCCCAACUGCCCUGUUUCCCUCAUUGCCUCGCUUUCAUCUUUCCCCAAGGGAGACAGGCUGCCUGGGCUGUCGGUGCUGAAUCCAGCCCAAGGCCUCCAAAGUGCCUAUGUCUGCCCUGGGCUGGGCUCCCUUCAGAGCUGGACCAAAGCAGAACCCUGACAGAUGGGACACACUUAUCCACUUAAUUCUAUGUACACAAUGUGAUCUAGGUGGGGAUUUUCGUUACUUUGCUCUGCCUAAGUUUGUGUUGUCAUUUAUUAAUUGUUUAUUUACCAUUGGUGUUCAGCCAUUCCUACUCCUUUCCUACUUGAAUGUAAGUAGUCCCUUUUUGCUGGGGGUGGGAAAUAAUUCCUCCUGGAGAUAACUUUUCCUGCCCUGUUGCAGAUGGGGUACUACUAGGCAAGUCUUAUUGCCUUGGCUGUAUUCCUCUCUUGGCAUUGCUCCGCAGCUUUGGCUGCUUUGAUCCCAGGACCUUAGCAAUAACUCUGGACUUCAAUCUCCAUAUGGCUUGAUGACUGCAAGCUCUUAUUGCACUGAGGCCCAGGGAGAAGAAAUAGGACCCUAUUGUCCAGCUUGUAUGCCAUUGCUCUGUGUGCCUUUUAAAACAUUAUUGGAUCUGCCCCAAAAAACAGAGGCUCCCUAUAAUCUAAAUUUUGGGGAGGACUUCACAAGAGGAGGUAUAUCCCUCCUAAUUUUCCAUUUGUAUUCACAGAAAUAAAUGGAUAGAAAGAGAAUAGUCAUUCUGUUCUUGAUUUCAAGGCCUUGAUCAUUGUUUGGUUGGGCCUGAUAUGCGAAAAGAACAACUUUACUGUAAGUAGUAUGUUAAUAUUGAUUUUCAGUUCCAAUGACUACUGCUUCUUGCAGUGAAUUGGUGUCUUAGUUGAAGUUGGUUUACUAGAUGAGAGGAGCUGAAAAACUGAGAUCAAAGUCCUCUGAAGCAUUGUAAUAGAGCGGUGGCUAUGUUCUGGCUCAUCCACAGUGCAUUGUGUCAGGCAUCAGAUUAUUUCUGCUCAAGAACACGGGAAUUGACAUUCACAUUUUACUAGUUUUCUGGGUCUACAGAAUACCUUCGCUCAAAGUUCAAUACAGCAUUUAAGUCCUUGGCUCCUGCUUGUCCUGUCUGCUGUUCCAGGCAGGACAGUGUUAAUUUCUUUCUCUCCUUAUAUGGACACUCCUUCAGGCCAGAUGCUUUCCUCUUUUCACUGGCUUAGGUUCUUGGUGAAGCUCCAGCUACUGGGCAUUAUCCUCCUGGGCUUGAAAAGACCUGUAGUCCUUGGUGCUAUUGCCUAUGGUCUGGUUGAGUGUGAUGAGUGGAAAAGCUACAGAUACGGUGUGUGGGGCGUAUAAUAUAAUUCUGCAAUAGAAUAAAUUGGAAAAGUAAUCUUAGUAGCAGAUCUUAGAUCUGUAUUGCAUCCUAAAUUCAGAGUGCCAAAAUAUGAAAGCAAGGAUAUAUUGGCAAAUAUAAAAAGCUAAGGCACUAAGAAUACCUUUUAUGUUGUUAGAAUAAACUUGUAUUGGUCUCUCUACCUCAGUGCUAGGGGUAGACUAACCCAGAAUCUAGAUUAUGUGCCAUAAACAAUGCUGUAUAUACUAUUGGAGAGAUUUGUAUAACCCAGAAUAUUUUGAUACAUUCACUGGCCAUUCUGAUAUAAGGCAAUCUUGUUUAAAAGCCUUUAAGUUAAGUUCACUGUUAGGUUGAAAUAGGUUUUGUAACACUACUUACCUUUCCACCACUGAUUAUCCUGCUGUGUACUGUUUCCCCACCUGUGUCUGAGAAACCCUAAAACAAUGCUAAUGGCAACCUUUAAAACUGAUACAAUGUUUGACUGAGAAGCUUUUACAAUGUAGAGGAUACUUAGGGGUACAAUUUGGAAAAAAGUAAAAGAUACUUGUUUGUUGUCCUAUAUGUGUGCCUGCUCUCAACAUUUUUUGCUGUACUUGGAUCAAUAUUCAAUGAUAAUCAUGCAAGGGUGAUGAAAAAUCAAUAUGUGACACUGUUCCCAAAUUAGGCAGUAUAGCUUACCCAUUCUAAAAUGCUUUUUUUGGUAAACCUGAAGUAAAUUUCUGUCCUAUGAAUCAUUCGUUCGCAUGAAAUCUAAUGAACAGGCAUUUACGGAGUGUUAUUAUUUUCAGCGUUUUUUACAAGUACUGAUUUUAGUACUUGUCUGUCAAAUAACAUUCAUGUUGCCCUAGUGUCUUUCUGAUGUGCAUUUUUGAAUAGCCAUGUGCCUUCUAAAUAGGAUGUACAGUUAACUGCUCUAAAUUUUGAAUGUGAUUAUCUGCAGUUUUCUGAAUGAGUAGGUAUCAGAAUUGUUUGCUUAGACUAGAUAAUAAGGCUUCAAUAUAGUCUCCAUUAGAUUGCUACAGGACUGGUAUUGUACAUUCAGGUAGUCCUUAACUUACAAGUGCGAUGGGGAUUGAUUUACAGUCAUAAGUUGUCAUGGUUGUAGGUGGAGGCACCCUGUGACUGGACCCAAUUUUACAUUUUUGUGGUCAUUAAGUAAAUCACUGUCAUUAUGCAAAUAGUUAGGCGAACAGUGUGGUCAUGUGAACCUGUUCCUCUGAAUGAGUGUUUUUGCAGGAAAAAUUAGCAAACUGAUCACAUGACUGUGGGAUAUUGCAGUUAAAUCGUAAAGUUGAGCCAGUUGCCAAGUGCCCAAAUUAUGGUCAUGUGACUGUAAGGCUGUAUAUGGCAUAUUUUAUUAUGGACAGACAUGCUUAACAGGCUGUAAAGAACCCAUUCCAGGCCCAUUGUAUUUUCAAAUGAUCCUAAGUCAAGGACUACCUGUAUGAAAUCCAAAAGAGGACUCUAUCACAUAUGGGAAGAGAAGUGUUUACACCUCCUUGGGCACAAGCAGCUUCACUUAGUUACAACUAUGGAUAGAUUUCAUAAGAUAACUGUAAUAGGCUACACUUCAAAAUAAGCCUGAAAUAUUAAUGCUUUAUUUGCCCGACUGAUGAAUUGAAGGACCAACUCCUGAAUAUUAAAAUGUAUUUUAUUCAUGUAAUAUGAA